AUGGCCACUGCUACAAGGAUUCACCACUUACCACCAGAGACCCUCGACAAUGUCAUGUCGUUUCUCCCACCAGCUGAUGUAAAGAAUCUGCGACUCGUCGACCACAGGUUUUCGCCAUUGGCCACACGACGGCUAUUUCGCCGCACUCGAUUACUGGCCCGAGCAAAAGACAACAAUGACCCUCAACGCUUCAUACAGCUCGCCAAUUCUGAGUUGAGUGGACUUGUCCGCGAAGUCAGCUGUGAUGUUUCCAGCAUAGUAUAUAAUGGAUUUUACUAUUUUGAGAAAGACCAGUUCGAGCUCCUUCCUGUCUUCUGGGAUGCAUUGCCCCUUCUAGCUCGCUUUCGAAACAUUCAGACUCUGCAUCUGUGUUUUGAUGCCAGCUUCGCAUUGCAGGAUUUCAAAGCAGGUUCCAGCCAGUUCAGAAGUAGGGUUUUGAAAACUGUUUUUCGCAUUUUGACGGGAACAUUCACUAAGGAAGUGCCAAAACCCAUCGACACACUUUCCAGUGCCUCAAUCGAGAGCUCACCCUCUGACACCCCGUCAUCUCCGAUUACUCUAUCUACUCUCAUAAUUUCCAGCUUGGGAGAUUACCAUGAUCCAGAACUCACGAAUAUGCCCGAAUUCAAAACAGCCAUGGGAAACAUCAAGGCCUUGAGGCUUGAUAUAGCGCAGCACAAAGCCAGGUGGGGAGAAUGGGCAUUCACAGAGACAACUGCGAUCCCAAAUCAAUGCCAGGAGAUGUUCACUCAGCUACCUCUCACUUGGCAUUCCUCGAGGGUCGCUGCCAACCUACAGGUCCUCUCGCUACAUUACCAGUCAUAUUGGGGCUGGUUCCCCAACAUUGAUAUACGCCUUAUUGGCGGAGAAAACGGAAUGCCCAAGCUCAGAAGCCUUUCAUUGGGGCACUUCGUCUUCAGUCAUCAGCGUGAGGUCGACUGGAUAACUUCUUUAGAUCUUGAAGAGCUUUUUCUCGCAGGUUGUGCCGUCCUAUCCAAACACAUUGGUCAUCCGAGCACACAGAAGGGCUUCUGGACUGAUGGCCGCGAUAUCUUUUCAACGGCCAAGAUUGUGGGAGAGGCGGAGAGUACUUGUUUGUUGUGGCAUGAGAUCAUUUGGCAAAUUCGCACCUCUAUGCUAAACCUGAAACGAUUUUGCAUCGUCGGCCAGCCAGAUCGUAUUUACCACUAUCGAAAAUUUUGUGAAAUCAAAGGCCUUAGCAAUUCCGAGCUUUCCUCUGACGAGGGAUUGAGUCACGAAUCAAGCCUCUGGCAACAAUUUAUAGGCCUCAGCAAAAAGCACCGCGAAACGGCGUUUCAGCACUUUACAUGUGCCACCUCGCCCAAGUUGUGCCUCGAAUCAGACGCUUUUCUUUGCUCCCGUUCCGGUCCUUCUACGAGUUUUAUUAGGAAUUCCUCCGGCUACAAUUAUGUUUCUCACGAUCCCACAUACACGGAACAGGCCUUGUAUAAUCAGGAUGCCAGUUACUCCAAAGUUGGCCAAAUAAUCAAUAACAUGGAAAGAUUGGCGACGAUCGAGGUUACCAUCCUACAUUCUAUGUCGUCCAAAAAAAGCAAAAUGCAGCAUAUGGGCGCUGAAAAGCUGAGACUAGCCCCGAAGAUGAGAACUCAUGACACAAAUGAAUACAUGACAAGCGUACUACGCCCUCUGCUUACAUCUCCUGAGCUAUCUCUCUUCAAGGCGACAUUAUUACUUUCAGAUUUUCGUCCGCAGUACGCUCCUUUGGCAGACACUCACACGCGAAGACCAUUAUAG